UGCGAGUAUUUUCCCAGACGAGACUCAAAAUGGGUUUAGAUUGAUGAUACGUGAAUGUAGCUUCUCUUUCUAAGGUUCUCCAGAAGAAACCUGCUUUUAUCGCACUACAGGAAAGAAAUUGGCUGACAGAACUGUGAGGCUUUGAUGCCAGUUUUCUUUCUCAAAAAAUUGUUGUCCGUUAAUAUGAAAACGACGUACAUGAAACACCUAAUAUAACUGGAAUUUAGACAUUUUCAAGAAGCUACUACAAGAAGACUCGUAGAAAUUUGAAUUUCUACGUAUUGUUCACAUCAUUUUUUUUCUAAAAAUAUAUUCGAACAACUAUUUUUCACUGUGAAGAACAAGAUUGAUUCAUCUAAGACUAAGCAACCAGGCGCAAGAAUCAAGAUCUAGAAAAAAGAUGAUUCCUGUUUUGGUUUACCUCUUCGGGGGAGGGUUCUUUGGUGGCAUUGCCAGCGUUGUGGCAGCCAGAGCUGCUCCACCUUCUCCUUCUCCUUCCUCGAAAGCUACCACGGUUGUGGGAGCAGGAGCCCCUAAUGAUAUCACAGCGCGUUCGCUGGACCUUCAUUUGGGUUUUCGUCCUAAAGAUGAUGUUUCUCCGAUUAAGGCGAUCCAUCCAAAUUAGACUAAACAAUUAAUCGGUGUCAACAUGGUCUGUCUUGCCUAUGUCGUCGGUUUCGAUGUUGUGACGCUUCCAAUUUUCCUCAUACUGUUAUAUUUGACGUUUACGUUUAGUUUUUGAAGGUUGGAUGACCUUGGUCAGCGGUUGUCUCACGUCUUCCUUCUCUUUGUUUGGUCUUUCCUAGUUAGAGCUGCGCCGCAACUGUGAAUAGAUAGUGUAGUUGUGAAGUUCCCUUUAGGUUGCGAUCCAUCCAAAUCUCCUUUCCUCUCUCUCAAUCUAAAUCUCCUUUUUCUCUCCUUGAUCCAUCCUCUCAGCUCUCCAAAACAUCAUCUCUCCUCUAAUGUCCAAACGGAAGCACGCGGUACUUCUUGCUCUUCGACGAUCCAUUGUCAGGCUGCGCAUGAGGCGAGCAUUCAGAAGUAUAAAGACUAUCGCAAGAUGAUCCGCUUUCAAAUGCCACUAGACCGAAUGUGUAAGGCUGCUCGCAACGACGCCGGAAAGCUGGACGAGCUAUUUCGACCUUCCUUCGCUCUUCAUUUCGACCGCCUUAUUACGGCUUGUUUAUAUAUAAGAUUUUCUCUUCUAUAUCUUCCUCUGGUCUGUCUUUUUUUCUAGUUAGGUCGGCUCCACCACAAAUAUAAGAUUAUUAUAAUCUUAUAAAAACUUUUUUUGUGUGUUUUAUUUUGUUUCCUAGUGAGGCGUACUAAGUAUUUUGUGUCGUGUUCUUUUUGUUUCCUAGUGAAGAGGCGUGCUCCACCGGUAUUAUCUAACACUGAGUAGGAGUAUACUUGAUGAUAACUACCCUUUUCUCUUUUCUAUCUUCCUCUGGUCUUUCUUUUUUCUAGUCAGGUCUGCACCACCACAAUUAUUUGAUGAUAACUACCCUUUUCUCUUUUCUAUCUUCCUCUGGUCUUUCUUUUUUCUAGUCAGGUCUGCACCACCACAAUUAUUUGAUGAUAACUACCCUUUUCUCUUUUCUAUCUCCCUCUGGUUUUUCUUUUUUCUAGUCAGGUCUGCACCACCACAUCAACUAAGUAACACUGAGAAGUCUUGAGAAAGAGAAUCAUUGUAGACGAUACUGUUAUGGAGAACCUCUAAUAUUUUGGGAAAUUUGAAUGGUGCUUCGGUACACGUGGACUUGGAUUCGGUGCUCCGCGUCUGCCCCAUGUUUCUGGAUGUAGUGAUGGAGAUUUUUUGUCUCUUUAUUGAAUCUGCAGAUGCCCAGCGGGGUCGGUUUGUGCAUGCACUGGCGAAUUGGAAACACAGUCUUCAAAAUUAUGCAGGGCACGAAUCGACUGAAGAAUGUGAAUCAAUAACUCCAUAAUAAGUACUAGCUACUACAAUCAUAAAUUAUUUAAUAAGUAGAAGUGUAACUCCAAAAUAAGUACUAGCUACUACAAUCAUGAUGAUGAUGAUGAUGAUGAUGAUUGCAUGGACUUAGAAGUUGCAAUCAUGAUGAUGAUGAUUGCAUGGACUUAGCAGUUGACUUCUACCUUUAAGAAAUAUUGUUUUCAAAUUGUAUGUGAAGCGUCUUUUUCUAUUGUAGUAUCUAUUUUUCUAACUCAUAGUGCAACAAUUGGAAGCUGCGCAAGCGCAACGAGACGUUCUUGAUGAUAUAACAGAGGAGCAUGAGCUUGAAGCUGCAGUGGACGAUGAAGAAGCAUAUCGUGACGAGCUGGAGAGGUUGGUGGUGGCCGCUAAAGAUUCAGCAGCCGGUGGUGUCAGAUUGCAGAGACAAAUUUUAAGAGCUAUUAUUUUUAGAGGACAUCAACAUCUUCCAUUGAUUCUACUACUUGUUGUAGCAACUUAGUAGAUUUAAACAACUUAGUAGAUAAACUCGAACUCGUGGAGGUCGACACGAGUACUACUUUUUGUAGUGAAGACAAAGAAUGACUCGUGUUGAAAAAUCACCAGUCUGCAGCUCGCAGCUGUCCAUUAUUAUUUACAUAGAGAGAAAGUGGGAUACGCGAGAGAAGUGCUUUUCCUGAACUACGUUCUAAGUUUUCGAAAAGCCGUGAAAGAGAUUGUCGAGCCUGCGGCUAUGGUCGAUGCUGCGCGGACACAACAAGUAGAAGCUGCCCGAGCAGAAAAAGAAUCAUGGAAAGCAGUCUUCGAUGGCGUCAACGUGGUUGUGGAAAAAGUUCGAAACCUCGUCUCGUCUGGGAAAGCGUACUCAACAAUCACUGAUGAAAUAAAAAUUGGGAUAGAACAUAUGUUUAUGUACCAUUACCUUUUUUCUAUCUUUCGUAGGUAGGUUGGCUCCACCACAGAUGUGGACAUUCUAACUUGUAAGUACUAAAAACUAAAACCUCCAUCUUCAGGCAACGGCUGACCGCCCAAGAGCUUACAAACAAACAGACUCCACUAAAUACAGAUCUUCCAAUAAAUAAACAGACUCCACUAAUUACAAACAAACCAAUAGAUAAAUGUUGUCCAGGCUUUUGCCAGAUUUUAGAUUUUACCCCUAUUUUGACCCCUAUUUUGUCUCUAUUUUUUAAACCUUGAUUAGUACUAAGCCUUGAUUUUGUAAUUUUUUUAUGUCGUUUAGAGGUAUCUAUUGAUUUUUUUUAGCAACAAAAUAAAAGUGUACUUUGUACCUCCAUCUUCAGGCAACGGCUGACCGUCCCAGAGCAUGCUCAAAGUGUUGCGAAUUUGAUUUUGUAUACGCUGGACUGGGUUACGGAGAGUAACGGUGUCGCGGUUAUCAUGGAGACGAUCGUUAAACGUCUCGAAAACGCGAAAAAAAAGUUCAAAGAGGACAGAGUCGAAGGACAGAAAAAAUUACAUGAAGUGUUUGAAACCUUUCCGGACGUUCUUAUUAAGGCUGGUGCAAGAUGAUGAAGAAUAGCUAAAACUGACUAACUAGGUAGUUGGAUUUAGAUAGCAUCAUAGUAAGGCUGGUGCAAGAUGAUGAAGAACAGGAAUUUCCUAAGCACACUGACUAAGUCGUUGGAUUUAGAUAGCAACAUAGUAAGGCUGGUGCAAGAUGAUGAAGAAUAGGAAUUUCCUAAGCACACUGACGAAGUCGUUGGAUUUUUUAGAUGGCAAGAUAGUAUCUUUCUACUCUACUUUUCAACAAAGACCUGCUCUAAUCUAGAAUUUAUUACGGCCUUGAAGGGGAUGCCAUUUACUCGUGAUGCUUUCAAGGAGGCUCGAACACAGUUGCGUCUAGAAGCGACGCUUGUGAACGAAGGAAAGCUCCAACUCGACAGCCUGCAUGGUCGUCGGAAGAGGUACCAGAUCGACAGCAACCAAAAAGCACUGCCGAUGCCGCUGGAGCAUCAUUACGGCUCUUGCGCUACCCAGUGGGCAGCGACGAGUGAAGAUACGAUGAAGCUCCGUGAGAGCAUCAGGCAAGGAAUUCCCCGAACCACGGGAGCUUCUAACUGGAUUCGAACUGCAACCAAAGCUGUGGCAACGGUUCGGGAAGGAACGCAAUUGCGUCCACUGCUACCGCUAUUUCCGAUGACGCCCGACGAUGCCAAGAGUAAUUGGGAGGAAGGCCGUUUUUUGGUACGUGACACAUCAAACACCGUGACCAAAGCCUUGGACCGUCUUAGCAUUUGUCCUUUUCCCGCCAGUGAGAUUCCGACCCCAUUGGAUGUUAGCUACGGUGACGAAACUAUUUGGGGUCGUGCAGCAGAUGAGUGGAGUGCCCAUUAUCCCACUUGGGUCGGGAUGAUUCUCAAAAAAUCAGAUGAAGAUGAUGUCAGAAAUCUGAAUAAAUCUGAAGAAGAUCUGGUAACCGCAUUCCAGAGACGGUACUUGACGGAGGGGACUUGGCUGGGCAAGCGAUUCGAGUGGAGAUUUCUGAUGAACGACAAAAACAAGGAGCCAGUGCCUGCUCAUAAAACGCUGAAUUUCAGGGAUUUUUCAGUUUUGACCUCAGGAGGAGGAGCUCGCUUUUUAGGUACUACAGCUGGUAGUACAAGUGGUGGUGCCAAAGGAGCCGAUGCGAAAGCGAAGAAGAUCGCCACCACUUCGCCUUUAAAGACGCUAACAGAGCUUCAAGCUGGCGGCUCGGAAGAGACCGGAUUCGACUUCACGAUCACAGAACCGCCUAGAUCAAAGGCUGAGGGUACUAGAACUGCUGUUGAGUUCAAAAAAGCUGACCUGCGCAGCUGUGGUUUGUUCGUGGAUCGCAUGUCGUUUGCUUCUGAGUCUUGGUCGCACGCUUGGAAACAGGCUCUCAUCCGUCGCCGCCUGACUGAACAUGAGCUUGGUAAGCAAGCGAUGAUGGCGACUGCAGCAACUGUUGCGGUUGGUGCACGACAAGAAGGAGCAGAAGCGUCUUCAACAGCGAACGCUCAGAAGAGCUGCAGCCCUGCACUUCGCGAAUUCACGAAGGAUUUCCUUCAACGCUGGAGUAAAAAUCGAAACCCGCAAGAGCAGCUUGUGUCCCAGAACAUGUGGUUCGACCUGAAUAUGCUCCGAUAUCACCAGACAGUGGUGCCACACAUCCGAAAGCUAGUGGUAGAUGCUAUUGCACUAGAGCAAGAUGAAACCACGUCGCUUCAAGCAGGCAAGGACCCGGUUGACAACAAGGAAACGUGGAAGAAAAAUCACGUCCUGCUAGCGUACAACAUGCGAGCCAUCUCCCCGAGUCCGAAUACGACAGCAGAAGUGCCAUUUUUCCAUGUUGAUACUCGGCCUGAAAAGCCUGGUCAGAUGUACAAAUGGGUUUUCCAGCAAAACUUUGGGAACAGUGAAAUUGCUUUAGCUGCAAUUCUCGCUACAUUUGCGGAUUUACAAAUCUGUGUUCCCGAACCGAUCGAAGACGCAGGAGGUGUGCCACAAGCUGAGCAGGAAGUGCAAGACGGAGAAAGAGAAAGAGUGUUAAGGGUAAGUAGGUUAAAGCUGUUCUUGUAGUUACCGUUUGUUAUGGCUCUCUCCCUUAGGUGGGGACGGCCAUAACUACAAACGGGAGAACCCACGAACACCAAAAAACAUAGGUCUACCUCUAAGAGUGGUUCAAACGGGUGCGGUGGAUGCAGCAGCUAUGGACGUCGAUGAAGAAGCAGAUUCGUUGGCAAGAGAAGAUGCCGAUCUCAUCGACAAGUAUACGUCUCUGAUGAAAGAGCGCAAAGAAACGGUUGACAGUAUAGAGAAGAUUACUACUAGAUAUAAUUACCAGGUGGACGUGGAGCCUUCUACUACCCUGCAAGCGACAGAAGAAGCAAAGCAGGAGUUUGCGAAGUUUCAGAAAGAACGAGCAGAAUAUCAACUCCUGAUAUCAGAAGAGCGAGAAAAAAUCGAGAAAAUCGACGGUGAAAUUACUCUGGUCGACAGACGGCAAAGAGAAUUGAAUCAGAAGAAGUUUGAGUUGUCUCAAAAAAUGGCUGCUGCCGAUUUCCGACGGUGGGAGGAAAAGCAAUGGGCAGAACAUGAAGCGAAGAUAAAGCAGAGAGGCAAGCAAAUGAAGCGCGACCAUCGCCGACGCAUGAAGCAGCUUCUGAAGCUGCGAGCCGCGGUCUUAGGAACAAGUAAUUUCGGUGCAGCCCCCUCCGAAGGGGCACUAGACCACAACGUAGAUGUGGAACAAGAUCGUGCAGCAUCAAGCGACAACGACAUGAGCUCCGAGAACAACGACUCCUCUUCUGAAGAGUCUCCUGACGAAGGAGAAGCGGAGACCGUUUCUGAGUCCUCCGCGUUGCCGUACACCCUUCGGUACCUAAUCGAAAACAGCCCUUCUUUCCGUGAGAAGUUCACCAACAUGGAGUUGCACGAGGCGCAAAAGAUCGGGGAGAUCGCUUGGAGACUGAUGGUGGCGGAUGUCCUGGAUCCUUCGAGUCUAGACUACACUUUCCAAGACGGCGACGAGACGGAUCCAGCAGGUGCGGUAAGAAGAAUGGGCAAAGCUGCGCCAGAGUACGAAAAAGAUAUCCGCAUGAUCAAUUAAGGAAAUACAUCUUCUUGAGGAAAUACUACAUCUUGUUCUGAGUCAUGAUCUUUGUCCCGUUUCUAAAGGGACGAAACGGGGGCAGCUACCGAGAUGCUCACCAGGAUGGAUCAUUUCCGCUAGUUCUAAAUCAAUGUGUGGACCCCGCUAAAUGAAGAUCCCGCAGAGAUUCAACCUACGUUGGCUUUCAUCAAGCAUCGACAGGUGAAUCUGGAGGGGUCGGGUGAGCAGGGAGUCUACGAUCGGACUCGCAAUAUGGUGGUUGCAGACACGGAUACAACACUUGCUGUCACCUACAUGGAACCAGCAAAAUUGGUGUCUCGGGCAACGAUGCUAACCUUAAGGCCUUUCUAACUUCCCCUAAACCUAAACGUAAAGGAUCAAUGAUAGUUCAUCUUGCUCACAAAGGCAUUCUAAACCUUACACCCUCCUCGUGCUUGUGUUCAGAGGCAUUCAAGGUCUACGAAGCAGGUUUUUUCUAGAAUGUUGUUCUACUUUGUGAAAAGGGAUUUCAUUUUGAGUGAGUAGUAAGACUUUGUGAAAAGGGAUUUCUUGAGUGAGUAGUUCUAAUAAGACCGAAGCCAAGCGAGCAACUGGGAACUUUUACUGACCAGAGCAUUUCGAAGAACAAGUCUUACGUUUUCAAUUCAAUGCUGGCGAUGCACGGAGCCAUUUUAGUUCAUCAAGACGGGGAUUAUGAUAAGCCCGCUUCGACGCCAAAGGCUAAGGCUUCAACAAGGCACCUAUCUGCUACAACUACCACGUUUGAAGCCAAUUAUAAGAAGAAAAUGGGAGCCACAAAGCGGCGGUCAAUCGAGUCGCGCAGUCUUGUUCUCUCUGACCGCUUUGCGAGAAAAUUCAUCUACCGGUUCAUACAGCUUGUUCGGUACUAUGGCGAAAUGAUGCAGACGAGGUUUGGAGGUGGAAAAAACCACAGAGAUGCUGGAUUUGAGCACUCUGCAGACGACUAUGCAGUGAUGCGUCAGUGGCUAAACGAAAAACAGGAUGAAGACUGCAAACGAGCUGAAGUACUAGAUUCUGAAGUUGUCGCUUGUUGUGUUUGUGGAGGUUCUCCAGAUGGCGCUAGUGGCGAAGACAAUGGUCGUGCUGCUGCCCCCGUUGUUAUCCUCGAUGAGCAGGAGCCAUCCUCCGUGUCGUCUAGCUCCUGCACCCCACCGUCGUCUAGCGCCGCAACCGUUCCCACUGCCGCAACCCCUCCUGGAGGUGGUCCUCGUGGUACUGAGGGUCGUGCUGAGGGUCGGGUAAUGUACGUGACGAGUGUCCGCGAUGGCUUCAAUGCUUCUGGGGGUUUACUUGGAGGAUCGUCGGCAGAAGAAGACGAUGGCCACUGUGGCAAUGGCCAUACUUCCAGCGCUAGAGUAGAACCAGAAGUACAAAAACCAACUGAGGCAACUGAAGAGCUCCCUUCUAGCUGUGCCUCUCCUGUAGCGGCUCAUGAUCAUCACGCAGCACGACAGGAUGAAGCCUCUCCUGUGGAGCGUUCUUUUGGUGAUCAACUGAUCACUGAUUUUUCUGCGUCUGCGACGAUUGUCCCCGACGGCUUCAAUGCUUCUGGGGGCUUACUUGGCGGAUCUUCAGAAGAAAAAAACGAUCAUAUUGAGUUUGGUCAUACUUCCAGCGCUAGAGAACCAGCAGUACAGCCAGAUGUGACCGGUCGUGACGAAGAAGAUUUGCCAGCACCCACUCCUGUACUAGGUGAAGAUUCUGAUUUGCCAACUCCUGCUGUCCCAAGCGCGGCUCCACUUGCGCCUGAGGCCGGCGACCACUUUCCAGCUAAUUCGUCAGUGGCCGACGCAGAAGGCCCCUCUUCAGUUGCUCAUGAUCGUCCAGCUCAUGAUCGUCGUCUGGAGGAACACUCCCUUGAUCACGACGACCACGAUGAGGCUUAUAAUCCUCGUCCUGCAAAAGCAGCUCGUCGCGACGUUGGAGACAAUCUCGAAUCCCUAACAGAACCAGCGCUAGCUUCAACACGGGGUCCCAGACAACGUGGAACCAGGAACUCCGGACAAAAACUUGUUAUGAAGAAUAAGUACCCUUGAAAUACAUUCGAAAACUCAAAAUAACCGAGUUGCUGAUAAUGAAAUAAGGGAGGUACUAGCUAGCUUUGACAAGGCUACUCUUCCUUCUCAUCAGUAUCUCGGUUGUUCUGAUCAGUUACUUGCUUAUUUCAGUUUUUCGAAUAUACCGCCUCUCAUCUCAUCGCUUCUGUGCAAUAGGUCUUUCGACUAUCUAAAGGUUAGACACACAGAUUCAUAGACUAUACCAACAAGAUUUUCAUCGUCUUCUACAACCUGAUGUCAGACGCACGUCGAUGAAGUCAGACUGAAUCUUCUUCUUCUUCUUCUUCUUCUUCUUCUUCUUCUUCUUCUUCUUCUUCUUCUUCUUCUUCUUCUUCUUCUUCUUCUUCUUCUUCUUGUACUCGAAAACUCAAAAUAACCGAGUUACUGACUGAAAUAAGGGAGGCGCUAGCUUAAUAUAGCAUCAAGGCUACUCUUCCUUCUCAUCAGUAUCUCCCUUAUUUUAAGUAGUUACUCGCUUAUUUCAGUUUAUCGAAUAGUAAGUUGUAUCAUCUCUACUUCUAACGAUUCGCGGACAAAACUACAGAUCCUAAAAGACUGGAAUUCAAAGCACGUCCGUAACAGUAAGAAGCCUCGCAAGUGA